UGGGGCCUGCACUCCUGGUACCUCCGGGGCGAGCCCAGGAGUGGGCGCAUCGUCAGAGUCUGCUGACCAUCAACGCAACCAUCGUAUGCGAACAGAAACAAAAGCAGCAAAGACUCUAUGCAUCAUUAUGGGAUGUUUCUGCCUCUGUUGGGCUCCAUUCUUUGUAACCAAUGUGGUGGACCCAUUUAUAGGCUAUACAGUGCCCGAACAGCUGUGGACUGCCUGCCUGUGGCUGGGUUACAUAAACUCCAUGCUGAACCCCAUUCUUUACGCCUUUCUCAACAAAUCCUUCCGCCGUGCCUUCCUCAUCAUCCUUUGUUGUGGGAGGAAGAGGUAUCGCAGGCCGUCCAUCAUGGUAUCUGGCACAACCUGCACAGCCACACAGAUCAACGGUUCAACACAUGUACUCAAUGGCUGCUCCUCUGCCUCCAAGUUGCUGCUCUGGUUCUGCAACACCAGACCAGUGCCUGUCUAGCUGCUGUAUUUCUAGGGCAUCUCAAGGUUCAAACACCUGCACCUGGGUUGGUAAGGAGGACAGACGGGAUUACACACUUUGCUGGGGGACAAUACGAGGAUUUAACAGCAGUCAUGGUGGACGCAGCUGCAGCAGAGCAGUUCCUGGAUGCCAACCCUUCAUUUGCAAAGCAGUACUAUGACACGAAUCUGAAGCCCAAAAUAAUCUCAGACCUGCUGGACAGCAACCGGCAGCCUGUGUUGGACAUCAGCACCUACCACGAUCUGACGAUGGUGGAUGAGAGUGAGGUUCUUUUCGACCUGGUGCGGGACAUACAGGACAACCUGCAGACUGAGCGCUCGGUCUUCAAGCUCAUGAAACACCUGAGCUUCAUGAUGAGGGCGGACCGCAUGAGCCUCUUCAUGUACCGGCAGAGGAACGGCGUGGCUGAGCUCGCCACAAGGUUAUUCAACGUCCAUAAAAAUGCAACUUUCGAUGAAUGCCUGGUGCAGCCCGACAGUGAAAUCGUGUACCCGCUUGACAUGGGCAUAGUGGGCCAUGUGGCCACCAGCAAGAAGAUGGUCAACAUUCCCGACGUGUCACAGAGUCCACAUUUCAGUAACUUUGUUGAUGAGCUGACCGAGUAUGAGACCAAAAACAUCCUUGCCAUCCCUAUCAUGAACGGUAAAGACAUGGUGGCUGUAAUGAUGGCGGUCAAUAAGUUGGACGGACCGUGCUUCACCGCCAAGGAUGAGGAGACUCUGAACAAAUAUCUAAACUUUGCUAACCUGGUGCUGAGAGUUUUCCAUCUGAGCUACCUGCACAGCUGUGAGACCAGGAGGGGUCAGGUACUGCUGUGGUCGGCCAGCAAGGUGUUUGAGGAGCUGACAGACAUAGAGAGGCAGUUCCACAAGGCCUUGUACACAGUUAGAGCUUUUCUAAACUGCGACCGCUACUCUGUCGGUUUGCUGGACAUGACCAAGACCAAGGAGUUCUUCGACUUGUGGCCCGUACUGAUGGGAGAAGUUCCACCAUACGAUGGACCCAAAACUCCUGAUGGCAGGGAAAUUAUCUUCUACAAAGUGAUUGACUACAUCCUCCACGGGAAAGAAGACAUUAAAGUCAUCCCGGGCCCUCCAGAUGACCACUGGGCCCUUGUCAGUGGUUUACCUACUUAUGUUGCAGAAACUGGCCUGAUUUGCAACAUCAUGAAUGCUGCUCAGGAUGAGUUUUUUCAUUUUCAGGCAGAGCCGCUGGACGAGUCUGGCUGGACAAUUAAGAACGUCCUGUCUAUGCCGAUCGUCAACAAAAAGGAAGAGAUAGUGGGUGUGGCCACGUUCUAUAACAGGAAGGAUGGGAAACCCUUUGAUGAAAUGGAUGAAACGUUGAUGGAGUCUCUGACCCAGUUCCUGGGCUGGUCUGUGCUGAACACUGACACAUACGACAAGAUGAACAAGCUGGAGAACAGGAAGGACAUCUUCCAGGACAUGGUGCUGUACCACGUCAAGUGUCGCAAGGACGAAAUCCAGAACGUACUGAACACCAGAGAGAGAUGGGGGAAGGAACCGGACGAGUGCGAGGAGGAGGAACUUCAGGAGAUCCUGUCAGAGGUUCUGCCAAACGCCAAGAAAUCUGAGAUCUAUGAGUUUCACUUCUGCGACUUUGACCACACUGAGCUGGACCUGGUGAAAUGUGGCAUCAAAAUGUACUACGAGCUCAAAGUGGUGGACAAGUUUCACAUUCCAAGAGAGGCCUUGGUGAGAUUUAUGUACUCCCUCAGCAAAGGCUACAGGAAGAUCACCUACCACAACUGGAGACACGGAUUCAACGUUGGACAGACCAUGUUCACUCUGCUGAUGACAGGUGAUCUGAAGCGUUACUACACAGACCUGGAGUGCAUGGCCAUGGUGACCGCUGGCUUCUGUCACGAUAUCGACCACAGAGGAACCAACAACCUCUACCAGAUGAAAUCGGGUAAUCCUCUGGCCAAACUUCACGGCUCUUCCAUCCUGGAGAGACACCAUCUGGAGUUUGGCAAGACUUUGUUGAGGGAUGAGAGUUUAAACAUUUAUCAGAAUCUGAACCGCCGCCAGCACGACCUCGUCAUCCACCUCAUGGACAUUGCAAUCAUCGCCACAGACCUGGCUCUCUAUUUCAAAAAGAGAACAAUGUUCCAGAAGAUCGUCGACCAGUCCAAAACCUACGAGAACUGGAAUGACUGGACCAAAUACAUGAUGCUUGAGACCACCCGCAAGGAGAUUGUCAUGGCCAUGAUGAUGACCGCCUGUGAUCUUUCUGCCAUUGCCAAACCUUGGGAGAUCCAGAGCAAGGUGGCGCUGUCUGUGGCUGCAGAGUUCUGGGAGCAGGGAGACUUGGAGAGGACCGUCUUGGAGCAGCAGCCUAUUCCUAUGAUGGACAGAAACAAAGCGGCUGACCUGCCGAAGCUGCAGUGUGGUUUCAUCGACUUUGUUUGCGCAUUUGUAUACAAGGAGUUCAGCCGUUUCCACGUGGAGAUCACCCCCAUGCUGGACCGUCUCCUCAACAACAGGAAGGAGUGGAACGCCCUCAAGGAGGAGCACGAGGCCAAACUGGCCGCCAUCGAGGCCGCGAAACAGGCCAAGGAGGAGGCAGCUCAGGGCGCCGCAGCAGCGAAACAAGCGGCAAGUGCAUCCCAGUCAAAGACUUGUGCUCUGAGCUAAAGCGUCUACUGUGGCUCCAGCUUGUGGUGUAUAGCAUGAGGUCGUCUUGAGCUCACACCUGGCAAAAAAAAAACUAUCUUGCAAAAAGUCAUUUUAGCUUUCCUAACAUAUUUGAUUCUUAAAUGAACCUUUUAUUUUCCUGUUCUGCUUUUGCUCUGUAAUGUUAUUUUUUUUCUUCCCUUGCCAGAAGGUUGUUUUUUUUUUCUGCACAGCUUUUUUUUCUGAAAAUCACACAUAAGACCCAAACACAUUAAUCAUAAAUUAAGUAUUUUCUAUACCACAGUAAAUUGAUGCAGCAUUACUUUGCCAGUUUAUAUGAAUCUAUUGUAGUUGCCUUGUAGCAUUAACCAAAACAGUCAAUGCUAUGGAUCAAUCUUUUUUGUUUAAGAUGCAUUAAUAAACAGCAAAGCUUCCACAGCUCAAUAAAUGUCGUUUAUUUCUCAUUGCUGACAUAUCUUUUGAUAUUUGCUGUGUUAACAUGGAUAUUCUGCUUGUCUGCAUGCUGUAAAAUAGAUCAUUUUUUUCUUAUGUUAUACCAUAUAAAAGGCAUAUGCUUGUAUAAUGAUCAUUUUGUUAAGUUUUUCUUAGUUUUGCAGCAUUAACAUUUCUGUGCUCUGUACAUUAAAAGCUUAUGCCUGAU